UCAGGGGGACAAACAGGUAGGCGCGCCGCUCCGGGCUCACCGGGGAGGGUGGCGAAGAUCAGCCGAGAGGGGGUGGCUCCCGGCGGCGGUGCGAACCAAUCAGCGCCGUGGGAGCGCUGUCACCGUGCCAGCUGACACUCAGGUCAGAGCCCGAGCAGCCUGUGGAGGGACUUCUGCUAUCAGAAGGCGAGGAAAAGUUUUGACAAGCGGACCUGCGGGCGGUUUUCUCUCGACAGCUGCGACGGUAGCUCUGCUCUCUUCCAGUCUAGUGGAACGCUUUCCUGUGCGGGUGAGAGGCUGUACGAUCCUCGGCAGUGUUCUGAGACUGUACGGCCCCGUUCCCCCUUCUGCUGCUGCGGGCUCCACAGCCUAGAUUCCUGGACUAAUCCGAGCGGUUCUCUGCUUCAUGGCAUGAUCCGGCACUGGGCUACUCCAACCUGCGCAUUUGAGUCUAAUACCGGCUCUUUUUUUUUUUUUUUUUUUUUUUUUGCAUUUUCAAAUUCAAUAGCAAACUUCUAUUGACUCAAGUUGGACUUAACUCAGACUGAAGGAGUUACAGCACUGCGACUGAGAUUACCUGCAAACAUGACGGCUGAUAAGGAGAAAAAGAGGAGCAGCUCAGAGCGGCGUAAGGAGAAGUCACGUGAUGCGGCACGCUGCAGGCGCAGCAAAGAAACAGAGGUGUUCUACGAGCUGGCCCACCAGCUGCCCCUGCCUCACAGCGUCAGCUCCCACCUGGACAAGGCCUCCAUAAUGAGGCUGGCCAUAAGCUUCCUGCGCACACGCAAGCUGCUUACCACAAGCCACAGCAGCUGUGACGGCGAGGAGGACAGGCUCAUGGACAAUCUGUACCUGAAGUCUCUGGAGGGCUUCGUCACAGUGGUAACGUCAGAUGGCGACAUGAUCUUCCUGUCGGAGAACAUCAACAAAUUCAUGGGCCUCACGCAGGUGGAGCUCACAGGUCACAGCAUCUUUGACUUUACCCACCCAUGUGACCAUGAGGAGAUCAGAGAAAACCUUAGCCUGAAGUCAGCAGGGAGCUUCCGUAAAAAAGGCAAAGACCAGAGCACAGAGCGAGACUUCUUCAUGAGGAUGAAAUGCACAGUGACCAACAGAGGACGUACCGUCAACCUCAAGUCAGCAAGCUGGAAGGUGCUGCACUGCACCGGCCAACUGAAGAUGUACGACGGCUGCCCAUCGCGGGUUCUCUGCAGCUACAAGGAGCCUCCACUCACCUGCGCCAUCCUGAUGUGCGAACCCAUCCCACAUCCGUCUAACAUUGACGUGCCGCUGGACAGCAGGACAUUCCUGAGCCGACACAGCAUGGACAUGAAGUUCACCUACUGUGAUGAAAAGGUGACAGAGUUGAUGGGUUACACCCCUGAGGAUCUGCUGGGUCGAUCGGUCUAUGAGUUCUAUCACGCCCUCGACUCAGACAGCGUCACCAAGAGCCACCAUAACUUGUGCAGCAAAGGUCAGGCAGUGAGCGGUCAGUACCGUAUGCUGGCCAAGAAUGGCGGCUACAUCUGGGUGGAGACUCAGGGAACUGUCAUUUACAACAGCCGCAACUCUCAGCCUCAGUGCAUCGUGUGCAUCAACUACGUCCUGAGUGACGUGGAGGAGAAGUCGGUCAUUUUCUCCUUGGAGCAGACGGAGGCACUGUUCAAGUCACCAAACAUGAGCAGCUUCUUCACCACUGAAGGAGCCAGCAUGAACGCAGAAUCAGGAGCUUCUCUCUACAAGAAGUUCAAGACCGAGCCGGAAGACUUGGCUCAGCUGGCUCCGACUCCUGGAGACACCAUCAUCUCCCUCGAUUUUGAUCGCACUGAGUUUGAGGAGUCCCAGCAGCCAGCGCCUUUCACCCCGGUGUCUUCUUCACCCAUGCCCCCUCCUGGACCUGCGUGUUGGACAAUCGAGAGCCAACACGCUCUCGAUUGUCCAACUCCUGUGGCUACAGCUCAGACCCUGGCUCCAGCUCCUGGGGACGCACCUAACAGAGCCAGGGCAUUCACCGUGCAGCAGAAACCUCCACCGGGCAGCGCCACCCCGAGCCUCAGCAGCUGCUCCACGCCCAGCAGCCCAGGUGAUUACUACAGCUCAGUGGAGAGUGACCUGAGGGUGGAGCUCACUGAGAAGCUGUUUGCUCUGGAGACUGAGAGAAACGACAGCACUGCACACACAGAGGAGGACUUGAGUGACUUGGAUUUGGAGACUCUGGCCCCAUACAUCCCGAUGGACGGAGAGGACUUCCAGCUCAAUCCGAUCAUUCCGGAGUCUGAGCCCCAGGAAGCGGCUCAAGCGGGGUCCCUAGGGAGCCUGAGCAACCUUAGCAUCCACCAGAGCUGCAACAAUGUAGCCAGCCUCUUCCAACCUCUCACCUCCCCUCAGCCUCAGAACCGCUACCAGCCGCAACCACAAGCAUCCUGGGCCACGGGUGGGAGGAGAGGCUCCAACCAGGGUGCCAUGGAAACGCGACAAAGGUCUUACAUGAUGCCCCCCAUACGGAACCCCCCUUUCCGAGGCCUGGCCGGCACGCCGCUGUCUUCCAUGCAGUGGCCUCCAGACCCGAUAAUAACCUACCAACAGCAGCAACGUCCUCCGAAGGCCUGUCUGAUUGACAACAUGUUGGGCGAAGAGCAGCCGUCCUGCCAGCAGAACACAUCACACCUAGUGCACAAACAGAGGUCCAUUGAUAAUUUUGUGCAAGCCUACAAAGAUCUGGACCCAGCAAGAGUGGCCAUGAAUAACAGCAUCAAGCGUUCUUUCAACCAGAUGGCGCUGGGUGAAAGAAAGCUGACGGAUGCCAUAUGGAAGAAGAUGAGGGGCGAUGGCUGCAUGGACCGCUCCCUCAGUGCGGGGUCACUCACAGAGUCGGCGACGAUGGGCCGGAUGAUUUCAGGCAUCGGGCCCCCAUUCCCCGCCUCGCUGCAACAACACAGGACAUCACGGUAUCCAGGGGACAGGAUUAGUGGGCCAAAUGAAAAACCCUUUUCCAGAAAGAGCUGCAGCAACAAGGAGUAUAACGUGAUGUCUUCAGGCAUAGCGAGUCGUUUGCUGGUCCCUUCGUUUGAGCCCUCCUGCUUGCCGCAGCUGACCCGCUACGACUGCGAGGUCAACGUCCCACUGCAGGGCAACCUCCACCUCCUCCAGGGCUGUGACCUGCUGCGAGCCCUGGACCAGAGCACCUAAAGCCCACCCCCUUUCACCGACUCAAACCCACCAUAAAGCCUGAAUAUCACCUCUGAGCCUCAGCCUGCAGUCCGUGACUUCUGCCUGUUCUCUGCCUCUGAACCUCUUGGUGCCGACUUCAGAGCCCUGAGACGAAGCUACUUGUAGAGCACAGUAUCCAUGACCACAUCCUGCCUUACUCAGCCCCACACCCUUCUUCCUACCCUGCCUCUAGUUCUCAGCAUAAACUAAAACAUGCAGUAUAAUACCAGGCCCAAGCUACAUUCAUGUUUUUUUCACCCUAAAAUACUGCGGCAUAAACUGGACGCAGGCUGAGUGGAAGAGCGACCAACCAACACCAAACGGGUCAGCAUGGGGAGGAGAAAAAGGUCAAUGCUGGUAUUUAACAGAUUAUAUCAUGUUACUCUCACUUGUGUUGUGUAUUAAAGUUUUGUCAGGAUGUCUGGAGCUGCAGCUGCAGUCCCAGGCCUGCCUUCUCUCAGUGUAGCUUUGAGGAGAACAUAUUCUCCUCAACACACAUUGUGCUCUUUUGUUGUUUUUGUUGACAGACUUUAGCCUUUCUCACCAGCUCGCAUCGUCUUCGAGCUGAGGCACCGUAACACAAACUGGUCACAGCGUUAGACCUCUAUUAAAUCUACUUUAUAUUUUUUCUUUAGCCUUCAUCGGUCUGUACUGAUGUGAUUCCUUCUACUUUUAUUAACCAAACUGAAUAUCUUAAUUGAAUUGAUGCAACACUGCUGUAUUAAGACUAGCCUUCUCAUGUAUUUUGGGUUCUUACUCAGCCAGCUAGUAGAUUCUUCUGUUUGUUUCUCAUAGCUGUAUAACUACAUACAUGUACUCCUGCGUAAGUUAAAUAUUAGACAUUUCUGUCUUAAAUCAGAUUAUUUUGAAUGUGUCUGUGUUAAUCUAGAAUAACAUCCUAAAUGACAACAGGGUAUUUUUUUCUUAUUGUACCGAUUUUAUUCACCAAAUGUUCAGGUUACACAUAAUAAUUGGAUUUGCACACAUUUUUACAUGAGAUAAAAAGGCAGCAGUGAUGUGCACAGAUUACUGGGGAGGGCGGAGAAAUACAGAUCUGUUUUUAUAUUUCAUGGUUCUAGAAUAAUUAAAUCCAUAUGAUUUUCGUUCCAUUACAAAUUUGUUCCUAAUUUCCGAUGUCUAGUUUUGUUGUUCAUAAACUUUCCAUCGCAACGGACAUUCAUUAGGGAGCAGAGACAACAUACCAAAACUGAGUUUUUAUUUUAAAUUAAGACAAAAUGACAAAACAGCUUCUAGCACUUUGUGUUUGCUAUCAUGGUUGCUUGCAUUACAUAGCUACAUAGCUAACUAGUUAGCUCUUAUUUCAUCGGUUGGUGAAUCAACUCCUGGUUAGUUCGUUCAUUCAAAUGUCCCAGAUGGUAUGUAUGAACAGUCAACAUGUCUUUGUAUAAAAUAUGGUUUUCUUUCUAGAAGCUUCUGACAUCACUGAGUUUGCCUGUUAGCUGCAUACUUACUAAUCUGAUAAAUGUCCUUUUUUUAAAUUUUAUUCCAAGCUAUUCAUCACUCAGUUAAUCAAUCUAAAAUUGUACAAUAGCGGUCGAUUUGUCUGUGCAUCUCUUGCUUUUAGUUUCCAAUUCAAGACUGACUUAAUAUAUAUAUUUUUAAAUCACUUGACUGAAAAAAGAAUCAGCAAAUAAUAAUUUUCACCUAAAGCAUUAAGUUUAAGUUUUAAGGUUUUGUUUUUUUAAGCUCUAAAAUGUUACGUAAACUGACCUUUUUUCAUAGUUUGAUGUUUUGUGUUCAAUCAGCUUAGUUCAAAAGUAAAAUAUUUACUUUGCAAUUGCAUAAGAGAGAAACAUGAAAGGAAUACAUGAGUAUAACUUUUUAGUUUUUGUUUUUCAAAUACUGAAAAGGAAAUGAACAAAUACAAUGGUGGAAAAGGCAAUUUUCAGCAUGGGGAAAAGGUAUAAAUAAAAGGAAUGUGAGAUUGUAAAAGAAUUUAAAGGUGUUUUUGACAAUCACUCAGGUUAAUCAGAGGGCGUAUGGAGGGACUGAAACGGGCAUGUUGGCCAAUUAGGAGGGCACUUUAACCAUGUAGAAAUGUUUGAGGAUGUUAGGGGUUCGGCUUGUAGAAAAAAAGUCAUAUAGUUUCAGUCGUCCCUGUAGAGCACUGAGGUCAGGCCAUGACUUCUGUGCUCACUGCUGUGCAAACCGGACAGAGGAAGAAGAAAAUCCCAUAUUUUUCACAUUAAAAGUGAAUGUUAUAAAAAAGCAGCAGCUUGUGAAAGCAGAGUUUAUAUAUUUUACAGUUAUCGGACAAGGCCAGUUCCUGUUUUAUUCUCACCAGAGUGGAUGCCAACACCAGAGAGCUUUGUUACAGAAUAUCAUUAUUGCUCAUAAGUUCAUUUCCACCCUGAUAAUGUCAGUAUGCCUUCAGUGAAACGUAUUUCUUUCCUUUUUUCUUUGUUUUUCUGUGUCUCGCUGUCUGUUUCUGAAGCUAAUGUCUCUGUGUGGUGAUCACUUUUAAAGUAUUGAUCUUUGUACACACAUGUUAUGUAUUUAAAAUCAGAACUAAUGUUGAACAUGGUGUUUUUAGUGUCUAAUGUAUCCUGGUACUUUGUUCUCAGUCGACCCUCUUUCCAUAGAUGCUGUUUAGGUAAGAACUCUCUCUGGGCCAAUUCCUGUCGUCCCGUUUCCGUGUUGUGGUGUUGGGCCCCACCUUUUCCCUCCUCCACCAGUUUUCUUUCCUCUCUUUUAUUCUGAAAUAUCUGUUGAAUCUGUUGGCUGGCCAGUACUGUUGUUGUUCUUACUUUACACAAAAAAGAGGACAAAAAAACAGAUCAGAGUAAAAAUGUUGAACAUGUGUUUUCUAAGUUUCACUUUUGAGAUAUGUAGCAUUUUAAAUAUUGUAAGGACGGUGAAGUUGCCACAUAAUUGCAUAGUUUUCAAGUUGCUUCUAUAAAAUAAUGGUGCUUCAUAGACCAUGUAUGUGUCAUUUUUAGUACUUUUAUUACAUGUUUUGGACUCACUAACACUGAUUUUUUUUUUGAUGUCCUCUUCUUCUUUUUUUUUAGUAAUUAGUAUUAUUUGAACCCAUACAAUGUGCCUUAUCAUGACAUUAUGUAUUGAGUUCACCCUUCAAGUGCACAGUUUGCUCCCUCCAAAAAGUCGACUAAAUCCUUCAGCUUCAGCAGUUGUUAAUUACCAAAUAACUUUUGUGAAAAUAUUUUUGGUUACUCUGCUCCAACAAAAUAUUUAACAUUUUACAUGUGAAACAGCAGUACCGUUAUUAUUGUUAUUAUUGGUUUUUGCUAUCAGCUAAAAAUGUAAAAAAGGACUGGAGAUUCAAGUGGGAUAUCUGUAAAGCAGCAACCUGCAGGCUAGCCAGAUUAUCAGGUUAGAGUUGUUCAUAAGGAGCAGAAGAGACAAACAGCUAAAACAUUAACCGCAAGAACUGAAAUUUGUGGCAUCUAAGAAUCUAGGAAUCACAGUUAAAUUAGUAAAAGGGUAGUUAUUUUUAUAACUUUGACUGAUGAUUUAGUUGUUCCUUCACACCUUCCCUAAAUAUCCAAUAAUCCCAAGUAAAAUAAAAGGAGCUCAGUUUAUAUUACAUGAUUCCAUUAUUUGACAUUUCAGAAAUAAAUUUGCUUCAUUUAGAAAAAUGUCACGUUUUACAAAUAAAAAGUUAGAUGAGAGGUUUUUUUGGCCUUACUGAAAUUGGUUGAUAUAAAGCUGAAAUUGUAACACUUUUUUUCUGGAUGUUGCCAUGAAAACGAAGACGACAGGAAGUGGUUGGAGCAUGAUGGCGCAGGAUGUUUUCUAGUGACAUAUCACAAUAACAAACUUAUUCAUGUCUGGUUUUAACUGUGUUUCUUAGUUAAUGGAAACCUAAAUUGCAACACUGUGUUGUUUCAGUGACAAAGUUUUGUGCUCAUUGUAAUGUAAACGCAGCUGCUGAUGAAGCAGAACUUCCAUGGAAACAACAAAUGAGAAGUCAAAUGAACUUCUCAUGGAAAUGGAUUACUUAGCUCCUCACACAAACAGGAAUCUGUCAGAUUGGCUGAUGAAGCUGCUCUUGUUUGAAAGGUUUUAGGAUUAGCAGGAAAAGAUUUGACUGCAGGGAGAAGCUGAACUUUUAUUUCAGUUUGGAUGAAUGCUGAAGUGAGGAUUUCUGGCAGUAGUAAUGGCAGUUAGGUGUAUGUACUGUAUGUUACAGUUAAAAUCUAGCAAAACUUUAUUUCCUUUAAGAGUUUAAAGAAAAUCAUCAAACAGGCCUCUUUUUGUUCAGUACAGCACUCUAUUUUACUCUAAUUGCAAGCCAAAUAUUAUGUUAAUUGGGGAAUAUAAGCCAGUAUCACACAUUUUAUUGCAGAUUUUAUACUGUAAAAAUAACCUCAUCUUACUUCAGAGUAAAUAAAUCAAUGUUCAGUUGAAAAUGUCUGAUAGUUUUGCUAAAUUUCAUUUGCAUUACACGCAUCUGAGGAACAAAAUGGAAGACAACUGUUCACCCUUUCAAAUUAACACACUUCCUGUUUGUGGUCAUGUUUGGUUAAAACUAAAUAAAACAAACAAAAAUCAAAGUAUGCCAUCAGGUCACAUAAUCUAAACAUGAAUGCAACCUUCAGUUGUUAAGAUUUUACUUUUAUUUUUAAACAUUGGUGGUACCGUUCUGUGUCUGAUGUAGGCCAGCCCCCAAAUAUGUUUUCACACAUUCACCUAAAAUAAUUACUUCUACAAAACAUGAGAAUCGUUUUAACACAUUAACGUUUUUCCGCUUUGUAAAUCACUUAUUUUUCUCUACACACCAUCUUGUUCUAUGAGUCCAUUUUUAUUUAAGGCAAGAACACAAUUUUAUCUCUAAUCAAAUAAGAUGUUCCUCGUCUUUCAAAGUGGAAAAAAGUUAUAUCUGUUUCUGGAAUUAUGUAUAGAAUUAUGUAUAGAAUGUAGAAUUUUUGAAUUACUCAAAUAAGUUUCCAGUAAAAAAAAAAAAAAGCACCUUACUAGAUAUUUGUUAAGAUGUUAGUUGUUGAAAAUAAAAGUGCAAUAUUGUCCAGCUGAUGUUUUUGGAGACCAAAGAGGGACGACUGACAGGAAACCAGCAUGGUGAAUAAAAAUCAAACCAGAACAACGCCUGAGAUGGAUUCUGUUGUUCUUUAAUCAGCUCUUCACAUUAAGACCACAUCAAAACAAUGAGCUGCAAAACUGUAUGUAGAAAGGUUUGGCCAAGCAGAAGUUGAAUUAGAAACAUUUCCCUAGAGGAGAAAUCCCACCUCCCAUUUAGAUGAGCGUCUGCUCCUACAAUUUCAACCAGAAACAAAGUUUUGAGAAAAUUUGAUCAAAGAAAACAGAAAAACAGCAAUUUUAUAUUUAGAAAUACAAAAAAAAAAAAAGAAACACUUUGGAAUGUAAAAUAGACAAGACAUUGGCAUUGUAUUUAACUCAACAUACUGUGCUCCUUGAAGGGUUUCCCCAAAAAGUGACAAAUGGAUGUGGCGUGAAGCCUUCCUCUUCCACUGACUCUUCGUUUUUCUUCUUCCCAUUGGGAUCCAUGUCCAACUACUUGUUUUCUGCUGUUGUCAAUGUCAUACCAUACAGUUAUAUGAGCUAAUUCAGAUAUAUUUUAAUAUGCUAAAUUUCAUAAUGAUCUUAUAAUAUAUUGUUAUCAUUAUGGGGACUUUAACCCAGUAAGAAGUUUGUGUUUCUGCACUGAUGUCUUAUUAAAGCAUACUGAUCUUACCUAA